AUGCCCCUGACAUUCAAUUUUGGUGAAGAGAACAGGCCUGAACUCUUCGAGGGGAAGCCGAAAACUCCAGUGACACUCCUGAGUGGAUUUCUGGGUUGCGGCAAAACUACCCUGUUGAAGCACCUCUUGGAGAACCAAGCGGGGGUACGAAUUGCUGUUGUUGUCAACGAUGUCGCUGAAGUGAAUAUAGAUUCUCAGCUUGUGAGGCGGUUUGAGACGGGUCUCGUGCAGGUUGCAGAGCUCCAGAACGGAUGCGUCUGCUGCUCAUCUGCAGACGACCUUUUUUCCACAGUCCAAAGCGUUGUCAUGCAAUCCAAGGAUCGUCCGUUCGAGCACAUUAUCAUCGAAUUGAGUGGAGUUGGUGAGCCAGAUGCAGUGAAAAGAAAUUGGAACAUCGGUCUUGAAUGCGCCAUGCCUGUGGCGCUCAGGACGGAGGUUACGAGGGUUGUCACAGUGGUCGACGCCAGCACGUUCGGCAGAGAUUGGUUGGACACGCGGCAGGCGCUGGACCGGAAUGGCGGGGCCGCCGGGAACGGCCAGGAGCACGACGAGAAAAGCAAAGCUCGCUACGAGAACGUUGGUCAUUUGCUGGCCGAGCAGGUGGAGUGGGCGAACGUGGUGGUGUUGAACAAGGUCGACAUCGCGACCGAGGAGGAGCUUCACACCACCGAGGAGGUCGUCAGGGCGCUCAACGCGGGUGCACCGAUACUCAGAGCCUCUUUCGGCGCAGUCCCGCCGAGGUUGGUACUGCCUGAGGUGCCUCAGGGCCUCAAGCCCAUCGAAGGCGGCGAAGGCAAGGGGUACAGCUGGUCGCAGAGUCCCGGGGACGUGACCCUUCGCCUCUUCAUCGACUCGUCGACCAGGGGGCGAGAUAUCGACUUCAGGCCCGCGAAGCGAACCCUGAGACUCGGGGUGAAGGGCCGGCCAGAGGUGUGCGCUGAGGGCAGGCUGGGCGGAGAUCUCAAGAAUCUCGACGACGCUGUCUUCGAGAUUGAGGGUUCCGGGGCAGACCGCUGCGCGGUGGUCACGCUGGAGAAGGUGAAGGCUGGCAUGUGGCCCGCUGGGCUGUGGGAGGCCCCGCGGGCAGCGGAGCUCACGGCCGAUGCCGACGACGCGGCGUGCGGCUUGUGCGACGAUGACGUGGCCCCGCUGGGCCGGGGGGUGGGCUCGAGCAGAGCCCAGAUGCGCUUCGGGGUCCACUCCUUCGUCUACUCGCGCCGCCGGCCGUUCCGCGGCGAGAGGCUGGCAAGGCUGCUCCUCGCCUGGCCGCUGCCGAAGAAGGAGCUCUUCUCGCUGGAGGAGCUGGCCUCCGAGGUCGCGGACGAUGGUGGCUGCGAGCGAAGCGAAGCUGUCCUGCGGCCUGUGCUGAGGUCGAAGGGAUUCUGCUGGGUGGAUAGGGAACCGCUCAAACGGCACGUGUGGGCGCACGCCGGCAAAACGUUGGUGGUGACCGCUGACGACUGGUGGUGGGCGGCGUUGGACAAGGAGCAGCUGCGAUUCAAGGUGACGUAUCCUGGGGUAGAGGCCGAGUACAAGAGUACCAGGAGGGAUAAAUGGGACAGAGACGUAGGCGACAGGCGACAGGAGUUGGUCUUCAUCGGGGGGGCGCAGAUGAGAGAAGAGAGCAUCGUGCCACUGUUGGACGCCUGUCUGCUGUCGGAUGCGGAGUAUGAGGAGUUCAGGGAGGGAGCGAAACAUUUGAAGGUCCCAGAGGAUGAUUUUCACGUCAGCGGCCUACUCAAGAAUCUCGGCGCGACGGAGGCGGAGAUUGAUGAGAUCGGCCACCGGGGCGGCGGGUCCUCCGAAGAGGAACGCCUGGCCUGGAAGGCCGACCAGGAGGACACGGACCUCCUCAGAUCAUUGGGAGUAGGCAGCGCUCUGGAGGACGAGGAGGCGGAGGAGGUGGAGUACGAAGAGGUAGCGCUGGUCGGGGCCUCGCUGGUGGCCCCAGCAGCGGUCCUGGUAACAGCCUCGAACCCUGCCCAGCCGCCAGCCACCACGAAGGCCUCACCAGAGGUCCUGGUGGCAGCCCCAGCGGCUGCACCGGCCCCAGCGGCGGAUCCGCUGGCGGCCCCAGCGGCGGCCCUGGCGACCGCCGAUGAUGCAGCGGCGGUUUCCUCGACGCCGUUCCCAGCAGCUGCGCUGGCGGCUGCCCAGGCGGCCGCGGCGGCGCGGGGAGGGGUCCCGGCGGCCGCGCUGGAGGUGGCCUCUUUGGCGGCGGCGCCCCUGCUGCUGGCGGCGGCCGAUGGUGUUCUUUCCGGCCGCCAGCUGCCAGACCAUUUCGAGGUUUGCGAUUGA